AUGAGUGCCGCAUCCGAGACAGGUUCUCAAUGGGGUUGGCUAUGUCUGGCUGUUUUGGUCAUACUUGCCGUGAGAUACCAUUACGCUCCGUCUUCUGUCCUCCUCGAAUCGAAAGCGCAACAGAACCCCUCGAUGGCCUCCGCACCACCUGCGGAGAAGAUUCAGGACGGGCCCCUACCAACGCGCUUGAUCGUUUGCGUCGACGGAACCUGGGGUGGGCCAGAUGGCACGUUCGGAAGCCCAGAAGGGAAUAUCAGCACGGUGUUUCGAGCCUUUGCAUCCGUGAAAGAAGGCCCUGUUACGGACCAGGUGACAGGAAAACGGUGGCAACAGCAACGAAUGUAUUUCAAUGGUCUUGGAGAUAAGGGAAAUGCCAUGAAGAACUUGUUCUCGGGCGCCUUUGGGUCUGGACUUCCAGCCGAGAUCGAAAAAGUGUACGAUUACUGCUGUCGCAAUACCAAUGGCCCGAACGACGAGAUCUAUUUCUUCGGAUUCAGCCGUGGCGCAUUUACAGUUCGUGCCGUGGCGAACCUCCUUUGUUACAUGCAUGUACCCAAGGACUUGCACGAUUUCUCAAAGCAUUACCAAGAGAUGUUGGAGCUCUACCCCGAUGUCAGAGCGCCGAACAAAAACGUAAACGGACAGACCCAUCAUCACUUCAUCCGCAGUACAACACCUCCCGUAGUACGUUUUGUUGGGGCUUUCGACACUGUGAAGGCAUUCACAGACCAUGGCUUGUUCGAUGUUUUGCCCCACCCCCACAUUCAGCAUUACCGUCAUGCAUUGGCCCUCAAUGAGGAGAGAGAGCAGUUCAAACCAGAGACGGCGACACCCGAUAUCAACGCAGCAUCGUCAAAACACAGAAUCUUACAGGCUUGGUUUGUUGGUACACAUGAGGACCUAGGAGGCGCGAACUCCAAGGAUGGUCUGUCACUUUAUCCACUACAGUGGGUGCUCUCUGAAGCCGAAGCUCUUGGUCUCACGCUUGGAUUUCGACCAAUUGGGCUGGAAUACAAAGAGACAGCGUACAUCCAGGAGCCUCCUAAACCUUACAUGGACGAUCCCGUGAAGUUGGUCAUGCCGCCACAAUCGCAGCGCCAAAAGACCUCGAGCAAGCCGUCAGAAACGUCCCUGACACUUGAAAAUGGAAUUAGUGUUCGCCUUUGGGAUCUCUGCGACAUACAUGAGAACCGCAAGGACGAGUUCAAGGUGAAGAUCAACAGCUCGUACUGGGGUCCUGCGCACAGAUUAGUUUGGACAAUCAAACCUCGAUGCAUAUUCGACGAACACGUAUUGAUGGGCUAUUGCCCCACUUCCGGAUCCGAACGCGAAAGUCGACCCGCCCGCGAGUCCGACAGAGAUCUCUUCAGAGUGCUGAACGAGUGCAAGAGUACCAUCCCUGUCGUGGUGAUAUGCUCCAAAGUGGAUCUACUCAGGGCGACGUACAAGGGCCAAGUGCCCGAGGAGGAGAACGACGACCAACUGACAUAUAAGGAGCGUCGCAGGUUCGUUGAUGCCAGAGUCGCAGAACGUGUUGAUCUGUUCAAAGCGAAGAUCAAGGAGGCAUUCGUGGACACCUCUCAAGGGUAUCCGUGCAUGGCCGGUCCAAUCUUCACAAGCGAGCAGGAUGCGGAAUCCAUCAAGAAUCUUGUUGAAGUCACAUCCAGCAAUCUGAAGAACAACCAAGUGAGAGCCAUGUUUUCUCAAGCACAGGGAGUCCUGGUCGACGUAAAGGUCGAAGCAGCUAUAAAAGAGUCUCUGCGAUUAUACAAGCACGCCGUACGAACGAGCACGGUUCCGAUGGCCUAUUCCGGCAGUGUCUCAACCACAGUGGUAGCACCAAUGAUUGUGAGCGCAAUCAGUGGUAUCUUCAAUUUCCACGGCAUCAGCGGAGACAUCGCUUGGCGAUGUAUGGCCAACGUUCUGGUCAGCAACACUACUGCAAACGUGGUGCAGUUGUUUACGCAAGCUUUGGGUGGCGCUGGUGCCGUCAUGGUAGGGUCAGGCUUCGGAGCUGUGCCUGGAGCUGUAGUUGCCACGAGCGUUGCAGCUGUGUCCAUAGUAUCCGCACCCCAGUUCGGCAGAGCGUUGCUCAUGUGCGCUCUUGAUACCAUAAUCAUCCUGGACCAUGCAUUCUGGCAAUGCGACAACGACCAAAAAGAGGUUGAAAAGAAGGACAUCGACAAAUCCGCUGAAUGGUUCAACGAAGGUCCCUGCAGCAAGGUGCAUGAGGACAUCAUAGCUAUGAUUCGAGUUUGGAACCUAUUGGAUGCUUUUGACUACAAACGAAUCGAGAAAGAGAUGAAUGCUAUCGUCUCGCGGUACCGCUACCAGCCAGUCGUACAGAAUGUUGAGGAACAUCAGCAACCCUCCUCGCCGGAACCUGCUGCUGGCAAUCAGGUUGUUGAGAAAUCGUUCUGGCAAGGAUGGUUUGGUAGUUGA